AUGAAGCUGCUUACACUCAUUCUCUCGGCCCUGGUCGGCCGAGUGGUUGGUCUGGCUUCUACAGAUACCAUCACCUGGGGAGGCGACAACUCGCGAACAGGAUACCAAACCAACCAUAACAUGGACCCUGCCAUCGUAGGCAGCCCUCAAUUCGACAUCGUCUUCAAAACCGCGCUUCCUGGCCGCUACAUCAACGCCGCCGAGCAAAUAUUUUCUCAACCACUCGUUUACACUCCUUCAAACGACACCAAGCAAUUCGUCUACCUUGCAACCACGCAAAACAACAUUUACAAACUCGACGCCAAAACGGGCGUUAUCAUCGCGUCACGAAACAUCGGCAUUCCUUUCCUUACAGCGGAUCUGGAUGGCUGUGUCGAUGUUAACCCGACCGUCGGCGUCACUGCGACGGGUGUCAUUGACCCCGAUACGGAUACCUGGUACAUCACCUCCAAGACGUACGUCGACCAGAACUAUGGCCCAAAGCCACAAGGGAGGCCGGCCGGUCGGUAUAAGAUUCACGCUAUCAACGUCAACGAUCUUUCCGAACAGCCCAACUUCCCUGUCGAUCUCGAGGGCACCAUUGCACGAAACAAUCCCGAGCGCAUGUUCACCGGCGGCAUUCACCACCAGCGACCAGGUCUUCUCCAUACCGGACAAUUCGUCUACGCAGGCUUCGCUUCGCAUUGUGUGCAGUACAAUUUCACCGGCUGGAUCAUGGGCUGGGACAAGACCAGCGGCAAGAUUGUUGAGCGCUGGGCUUCCGAAGGCAUGGGUGUCAGUAACAACAUCUCUGGGGCUGGUAUCUGGCAAUCCGGAGGCGGCCUUGCUUCUGAUAACGCGGGAUCAAUGUUCUUCGCUACCGGAAACGGAUACGCUUCACAGCUGUCGACCAUCCCUGUCAAUGGAUUCACUCCUCCUACCGCGAUGGAACAAGCCGCCGUUCACAUGUCCAUCAACUCUGACGGUACGCUCUCGGUAGUUGACUUUUUCAUGCCUUUCGAAAAACAGGAACUCGAUGGUGCGGAUAAAGAUCUUGGAACGAGUCCGCUUGAACUUUUGCCGAGUCAAUUCUCAUGUGGCAACAUCAAGAGAAUGGGCAUCGUCACUGGAAAGUCUGGAAAGACGUACUGGCUGAACCUCGAUGACUUGGGUGGUUAUCGCAAUGGACCCAACUCCAAAGAUCGAGUCAUUCAGACCUUCCAGAAUGAGAAUUCUGUCUACGCAGGUGCUGGCGUGUAUCCUCUGGAAGGCGGUUACAUCUACAUCAAUGUCAUCCAAUAUCCCACCCAUGUCUUCAAGUUCUCUUGUCUCAACGGCGUUCCCUACUUCACCAAAGUCGCUGACAGUCCCACGAACAACGCUUACAUCCUCGGUGUCAGCCAUGGAACUACCACAUCCCUCAACGGACAGGAAGGCACAGGUCUUCUUUGGGUCUCUGAUGUUCAAAACACCAAUUUCAAGAUCUACGAUGCUGUCCCUCAGAAUGGAUACCUCAACGUCAUCCGAAACUUCACAAUCGUCGGCAUCACAAAGUUCAGCAGGCCAGUGUUUGGCGAUGGCAUGGCGUAUAUCGGUACCACAGUUGGCUACCUCUACGGUCUUGGCUCGACUAACAAGUACCCUCUUAACUGUACUUCUUCAGUUGACUUUGGAACAGCCAACUUCCAGAAUGCUACAAGUCCUCAGACAAUCAAUUGUACCGCGCUGUUCGAUCUCUCUGUUACCAACAUUAGUCUUGGCGACGCGACGAAUUACAACAUCACCAAGACGCCCAGUCUGCCAUUGUCCAUGUCAGCAGGAGAUCAGCUUCAAUUCUCGGCGCAGUUCUCUCCCCAGGGUGUUGGUCGCUUGGGCGGAAUGGUCAAUAUCAUGACUUCGGGUGUUUCAGACGCGUCUUACAGCAAGUCUACCAAAGUCCGACUUACAGGUAUUGGCACAAGUUCGAACGCUUUGUUGGAUGUCAGCCCCAAGUCUGUUGUUUUUACCGGUCUCGUCAGUGGUUCUCAAUCUACUACACAGACUAUCCUCAUUGGUAACGACGGUAGUCAGAACCUAACGGUCACUUCGGUCAUGUACACAAAUACUUCCUCAUCUGGUCCCUUCACUACCUGGACAGGCACUGGUAACCUGACAGUUGGCCAAUUCACACUUUCUGGGAUUCCCAACUCCGUUAGUGGUGGCGGCGAUAGUGCUAUAACUGUCCUCCCCAACACCGCCACGUCUGGCAACUUCACUGCUUGGGUCAAGUUCGUUACCACUGGCGGUAAUGCCACAGUCUCGUUGUCAGCAGCAGCGGGUGAUCCACCUACAGCACUUCUCGAGUUUCAGACACCAGAUAGAAGCGGCUGGGUCAAGUACGACCCCAACACUCCCUUCACCUUUGGCAACGUGACAGAGAACACAUCAAAGUCACUGCUCUUUCGAAUCAGCAACAAGGCUUCUGCUGGUGGUGUCAAGCUUGGACUCACUGUAUCGAAGCCUCCAUUUGGUGUUCCUGGUAUCGUCCGAUCAGCCAACCAGAUUGAUAUGGCCGAGGGUACUCUGAUUGCACCUGGUCAGAGUCAAACAGCUACUAUUACCUGCAAUGUCCCCAAGAGUCAGUGGAAUGUCCCGUCGUACAAUGGCACCGCACAAUGGACCAUCAACACCAACGAUCCGACGUGGAGUUUCGAGAAGCGCGCAGUUCAAUUCUUUUGCAAUGCCGUCGCCGAACAAGCCGCUCCUCUCCUUCCCAGCGGCCAGGGCCAAUACCAAUAUGUGGGUUGCUUCAAGGAGAACAACCCAAGCCGUCAGCUGUCCAGUCUUCUCUAUGCUAAUAGCUCCAACACGAACGAGAUGUGCAUCAACACUUGCGGCGAAGAAGGUCUGACAUUCUGCGGCACGCAAUACCGUAGUGAAUGCUGGGCUGGAAACAAGAUCCCCACCCAAAAGGUCGACGACGCGAACUGCAACUUCGACUGUGCGGGUAGCCUGAACCAGUACUGCGGUGGUAACGGUGUUGACGGAAGCGGUGCCUACAUCAGUCUCUUCGCUGAUACGCUUCAGUGGGAUGGAAGCUUAUCUGGUGGUUCAACUAGUGGCGGCAGCGGAAGUAGCGGCGGAAGUGGUGGCACAAACACACCGCAGGGACCCUUCGUGAAUCCCGGUGUUGAUGGAUACACCAGCAUCGGAUGCUACACUGAGGCAACUUCAGGCAGAGCACUCCCCAACGGACGAGGCAUAGACUCACCUACCGUGGCAGAAUGUGUCGAUGCCUGCAGCAGUGGGAACUUUGUCUACGCUGGAGUUGAGUACGGUGGCGAGUGCUAUUGUGGUAACACCUUUUCCGAUGGCUCCGUGCCAGCCCCCAUCGCCGACUGUGGCAUGCUUUGCAAUGGCAACUCGAGCGAGUAUUGUGGUGGUCCCAACCGUCUUAACGUGUAUCAGGUCAAUUCGGCUUACAGUGCUUCGCUGCCAACUUCGUCGUCUACGUCUUCCUCGAGCAGCAGUACCUCCUCCUCGACAUCAUCGUCGUCAAGUACUUCGUUGUCAACCUCCACCUCGACUUCGACCUCGACUUCUAGUACUUCUAGCUCCAUAAGCACAAGCUCUACAUCCAGUAGUACUUCGACUACCAGCACUUCUACUUCAAGCACCACGACUUCAAGCACCACGACUUCAAGUAGCACUAAAACGAGUAGUACCACCACAAGCUCUACUUCGUCUUCUUCAUCAACUUCUACCAGCACUUCCUUGAGUACCUCGAGUAGCUCAAGCAGCUUGACUGGUAAUGUCGCCGGUGGUGCAAACGCCGCUUCUACUUCCACGUCUACCAGUACCACGAAGACCUCCACUUCCACAACGAGUAGCAGUUUGACCAGCAGUUCGAUUUCUAGCAGCUCAAGCACUACCUCUCAAUCCACGACCUCGACGACCUCAAGCACCAGCACGACGAGUACAUCGACGACUAGUUCCAGCACAUCCAGCUCUAGUUCAAGUAGUUCAUCGACAUGGACAACCUUUUCUACUGCCUCUUCUGUCAGUAGCCGAUCAACGACUUCCACAACGAGUUCUACUACGUCUGUGGCAGUUCCCUCCAGCGCAGGUGCUUCGAGUAUUGUAUCAUCUAGCACAUCAUCGUCCGUGACUAGUCGCACAACGUCUGCUGGCACGUCCUUGGUUGUACCAUUAACCCAAGUUGCCGGCCUGUCGAGUGUUUCAUCAUCUGGGUCCUCACUGGUCGCACCUUCAGUUAAUUCCCAGGCAACUGCCCCAUCGGCACCUUCAUCUGCCGGUUCUUUGGUGGUUGCCCCUUCAAGCUCUAUCGGAGGCGUGUCAAUUCCUUCGUCUGCUGCCACAUCGUUGAGUCUCCCAUCAGUCAGUUCUCAAAUUGGAGGAUCAUCAAUUGCCUCUUCUGCUGGUGCCUCAUCCGUCGCCUCCUCGUUGAGCUCUCAGGUUGUAGUCGCACCGGGUAUCUCAUCUGCCUUUACUCUGGCUGGAACUUCCCGCACGACGUCUACCACAUCUUCGACCGCGACCUCGACAACGUCGUCGACUUCAACCACAACCUCCCGCACCUCAACGAGUACCACCAGCUCAACCACAUCCUCCGUCAACCCUGUCGCUACAGGCCCUUCCAUCUCCGACAAAAUAGGUACAUGGUCAUUCCAAGGAUGCUGGGCAGAACCCCUCUUCCUCAUCCGUGCGCUCAGCUCCAAGACCACCUCAAGCAACGACAUGGACCUUGAUGCUUGCGCCGCCUUUUGUACAGGCUAUACGUACUUCGGUGCCGAAAACGGUCGUGAUUGUUAUUGUGGAAAUUUCCUUAACCUCGGAAGCUACCAAGCUCUCAAUCAAAAGGACUGCUCCGCUACUUGCGCAGGCGACAAGACACAGUAUUGCGGUGGAACGCAAAGACUACAACUUUACAAAGCUGGCAAACCCACGACUGGAAACAAGAACUUUCAAAGUUACGCCUGCGCAUCUGAGCCGCUCAUAGGCCGUCUACUUACCGACCUCGUCCUUUCGGACUCCAGAGCUAUGACAGUCGAUACGUGUCUCGACAAGUGCGGCAACUACAAGUACGCUGGUGUUGAGAAUGGACGUGAUUGCUAUUGCGGUAACUCUGUUAAUUGGCAGGGUCUUAUCGGACAGGGUAAGAAUGUUUCCAUGACGGAUUGCAAUAUUAGCUGUCCUGGUAACAACCUUGCUUAUUGCGGUGGGUUGUUGAAGAUGAAUUUGUACAUCAAUAACUCUACUGCGAACGCGUUUUUGAGUAGGCAUAGGAGAAGACAUGCGAAGGGGCUACUGUAG